AUGGCGAUCAAGCUCGGGAGGGAGAUUCACCAGCUGGCGAAGCAUAAAGAACUGCUGAAAAACAAUCCAGUUCUGGGCUCCAGCCUGGGCCGAUCGAUCGAGGCCUUGGAGCGUUUCUAUUCCAUGACUCAGGAGGAGGGCUGUAAAGCUGACGAUGUGAGUUUUGUCUCGGUGUUGAACGCUUGCAGCCAUGGUGGUCUGGUCGGGAAAGGAAGGCUGCUUCUGGAUGAAAUGCCCAAGCAGUAUGGAGUCAAGCCACGUCUGGAGCAUUAUGUGUGCCUGAUCGAUAUGCUCGGGCGAGCUAACCUCCUCGACGAAGCUGUGAGAGUUCUCAGAGCCAUGCCUUUUGAACCGGAUGCAGUGGUUUGGACGUCCCUGCUUGGAGCCUGCUGGAAGUGGAAGAAUUACACGAUCGGCAAACUCGCGUUUGAGUGUCUUGUGGAGAUGGAUCCCAAGAGCGGCACGCCCUACGCAUUGAUGGCCAAUAUAUUUGGAAACCUGGGGAUGCUCAGUGAAAGGGCUGCUGUUGUGGAGAGAAUGAGAGGUGAAGGCAGCUUCAGGAGCCCGGGAGAAGCUGGUGGACGGAUGUUAGCUCUCUUUCUCUUCCUCGGGAUGGCAGAUGUUCCUGUGACAACUACUUUUGAAAACAUGUCAGUGCUCUUUCUUGCAGUUAUCCCUGGUUUUAAACCCUCUGUGAGUCAAGCAGAAACAUGGGCCGCUGAGUGA